GCUCAUGUUUUCAUAUAUAAACAAACAGAUAACUGAGUCAAAUAGAUCAAAAAUUACUAACCAAUUUUAAAAAUAAGCAUUUGGUAUAUAUUUUGAUAACUUUAGUGUAGUUUUAAUAAAUUGAAUGGCUGUUCUACCUUUCAUGAAAGUAAGGGAGGAGCCAUUAAAAGCAUCACUUUGAAAGUACCAUAUUGCCAAUAAAAAUAUUUCAAGUAUUUGAAUUUUAAAGUGGUGACGAAGUCAAAUUCCUCAAAUAGGCUUAGUGUAUACAUCUACAGAGAAAAACAGUCGCACACGCAAGUGGCAAAGACCUUGGUCUACAAGAACAUUGAGUGUAAAAUUCAUAUCGAAAAAUGUCGCACCUAGGAAUUUUCUUUUUGCUGCUAACCUUUGUGCUAGUUGUUAACUCUAUACCAGCAUAUGCAGGGGUCGCUCACGCUCAUAAACACGAAAAACAUAAUAGUAAAGAACGGCUUAAGGAUGGAAUAUAUGCUGGACGUGAUGCACAUCAUCAUGAAGACGGUGACCAUAAUGUGGAAUUUGAUCAUGAAGCAAUAAUAGGCAGCCUCAAAGAAGCAAAGGAAUUCGACAAACUUACACCCGAGGAAUCCAAACAGCGAUUGCUUGUACUUAUAAAAUUAAUGGAUUUAAAUAAGGAUGGUUUUGUUGAGCGUCAUGAGCUAAAAGCUUGGAUUUUAAGGUCUUUUAAAAAACUUGGUGAAGAGGAAGCAGCGGAUCGCUUGGAAGAAAUCGAUGUGGAUGGUGAUGGAAAGGUCACAUGGAAGGAAUACCUUAAAGAUACUUUCGAAAUGGAAAAUGAAGACGAAAAAAAGGAAUUAAUUGAUUUUGAUAGCUACGAUGAAGAGAGAGAAAUGAUUAAAUCAGAUAAAGAGCUAUUCAAUGCAGCAGAUUUGAAUAAAGAUGGCGCAUUGGAUUCAAAAGAAUAUGUGCUUUUCUAUUCACCAGAAGAACAUCCAGAAAUGUUACCAAUCGUAUUGGAACACACGCUACGGGAGAAAGAUACCAACCAUAAUGGUGAAAUAGAUUAUGCAGAAUAUAUUGGCAGUGCAGGACAAGAUCGUAGCCGCGAAUGGUUAGUUGAAGAAAAAGAUCGUUUCGAUCAUUUGGAUGAAAAUGAGGAUGGUCUACUAACCGGUAAUGAAGUACUCAACUGGGUGGUGCCGAAUAGCGAGGCUAUAGCUACGGAUGAGGUCGAUCAUUUAUUUGUAUCGACAGAUGAAGAUCAUGACGAUCGCUUAAGCUAUUUGGAAAUACUAAACAAUUACGACACAUUCGUUGGCAGCGAAGCUACGGAUUAUGGCGAUCAUUUACAGAAUAUAAAUCAUUUCCUUGACGAACUAUAAGCGGACAAAUUAAACAGCGGUUUUAAUAAAAUUUGCGUUUAAUGCCAUAUUUUAGCAACUCCAAACGCUUGCCCAAAUGUACAAUAGCAAAUUGUGUUUUAGAUUUUCGUUUAGAAAAGUAUAUGCGUAAUUAUAAUUAAUUAAUUAUUGUAGUUUUAUUAUUCCUCCACCUACUGGUAUGUAAAAUAGAGUUUUCUAAGUAUUUAUUGUACAGUAAUAAGAAUCAAUAAAUUCACCACCACCACUA